GUAGGCCGAGGGGCCGUAGGAGCGCAUGCUCCGUCCUUGAGCUCUUCCCCGGCAGGUUUGGAACCGCGUUGCUGAGGCUGGCUGGCGCGCGCAUGCGCGUCUCCGGUACCUGGUUCUUUCCCCACUGGACAAGGAGCGGCUGGUCUUGGAAUUGAAGCCUGCCGAGCCGGAAGGCGCUGUGCUUUUUCACCUCCGUCUGCUCUGGCGGAAACGCAAGCGGUGGAAGAGAGGUUCCGGGCUUGGCCUCGGCUGGCGGCUGCAGCAUGGACACCCGGGCGGAGGAGGCGGGAGUGACUCGCCGCCCGAUGCUGGCCUCUUCCUGGGAUGCUGCCUGCGGAGCCCUGGCCCGGAGUCUCCAUCUCACCCGGGCUGGUGUCGGCGCCCCGGACUUGGACUGGGAGCAGCUGCUGGCGCCGCCUGACUCGGGCCAAGAUCUGGUGAUUUUGAAAAGAAGCCUCAACAGUGACCAAGAUGAAAACCCCUGCUUCCUUCACCUGAGAUGUGACCCUAACGGAGGUGAAGAGAUCGUUUCUAUUGGCAUUUUAAGUUCCGCAAGAAAUAUGGAAGUAUACUUAGGAGAGGAGUACUGUGGAACCAGUAGGGGCAAGAAUGUUUGUAGUGAUCUGGAUAACAGUGAGCACGAAAUUAUUUUCUACAAAAAAUAUUUAAAAUUGGAGUCUUCCAGCCAUGCUUGUAAAAUAAAGUUGCUCUCCUUUGGUGAAAAGCAGUGUGUGUUCAUCAGUAAAGUUGUGGUACACAUGAGGCGGGUUUCAGCCAGUUCGUCAACAAGUUCUCCUGCUCUAGGAUCAAGGAUAGACCUCCGGAGGGUCCAGACUAUCAUGGAGUCCAUGGGGUCAAAGUUGUCACCUGGAGCUCAGCAACUGAUGGAUAUGGUUAGAUUUCAGCAGCAGAAUCGUAUUCCCAUUGGCGAGCAGCUUCAGUCGGUUUUGGGAAAUCCUGGCUACAGACGUGGGAUUGACCUGCAGUCAUCAUCUACUUCGGGGGCCUUAGACAAGUCCCCGUCCACACCUUUUCCUUUCAGAACCGGCUUGACCUCUGGAAACGUGACUGAAGACUUGAAAGCUUGCACCGAUCAAAGUCUGCAGCCACCCGGUGGCGGAAAGGCUACGAGCCUCCAAGAGUAUAAAACUGUGUCACCAAGCCAUGUUCUUCUUGAGAACGACCUCAAAAAUGCAGUUUCUUCUCUCCUACCAAAGAAAGCAAGUGACAACUCGAAUAUACCUAACUCUGACUUGCUGCCUUUUCUCCAGAGUUUAUGUAGUCAAGUUAGCCAUCUCCGCGUGGGACGUAACACCAAGUGGCAGGAAACCGUCCCUAAGGCUGGUGAAGACAUUGCUGGUGUUGCCACGGAAGAGCAGCCUGUGUGCUCCUACUUGGAAAAGGUCCUUACUAAAAAUAUGGAACUGAUGGAAAAGAAGCUUGUGGAUUACAUUGAUCAGCGGAUACAUAAACUGCAGAAGCACAUAGAUACAAAGAUGGCUUUGUUAAUGGACGUGCUGCAGAGUCCCUGCCCCCCACCCGCCGGGAUGGCCCUCCGACAGUGGGACUCUGGGGAAAGACUUUCAAACGGAGAAAGAUAAGUGCUCGACACGGACCGUGCGCUACAGAUAUUUAUUACGUAUUUAUUAGAAAGCCAAAACCCCACAAGUUCAAAGCAAGUAUUUAAUGGCAUUUGAGGAUCACCAUCUUACGUGCGGUGACCUCAGUGUUCAUUUUAGCUCUACUUGUUACUGUGCAUCCGGUACUGGGCGCUAAGAUUUAACAACACGAUAGGGUUAUAAAUUAUUUUUGUUUACAGUCUUGUUCACUCUGACAGAAAUGUAUGUGUGUUUCUGGCUUCAAUGUUGAAACAUGCUAAGGAUUUUUAAUGCAAUCCAUGAGUCUGUGUUGUAUAAUGUUUUUGAUAGAAGUACAUUUUUUAUUUAUAAUAGGGCUUAUUUUAUGGUCUUAGUAUGAAAAAGAAUGCUUAGAGUAUUUGAUUUUUCUUUUUCUAAUUGAUUGUUCAUGGAAAAUUAGAUACCUAAGACUUAAAAGCCUUUCAUUCAGAUCACUGAUUGGGUGGUGUUUACGCUCGGAUAACGGCUGAGGCAUUGUGUUUGGCAUGCGUACGUAUGCACCGGGGCCGUUAUUAUCUGUUUCAAUAAAGCGUAGCAGUAGGUAGAAAGUGAACAUCAGAACCGGCCUGUUCCUUGUUGGGAUUAUUACUUUAGACUUAGCGUUUGAGGUAAAUUGAGAGAAGUCAUCCUGUUUGCUCUCAGUAAACCCAGAAAGUGUACAGUCCCCUCCUUUCCUGAGCAGAUACAGGUUCUUGCCAGAGGCCUUCUCUCGUGUGUUUCCGGUGUGAAGCACUGAGGUCUGCCUUGAAGGAAGAAAGCGUGUGAAUCAAGGGGGCUGCGGUUCUCUCUGGCAGACGUAUGAUAACUAUCGUAUGUGUGUUCAGGAGUGAUCUAGUUGCCCUUAAAAAUAAACCUAUCCACUUUGGAAAUUACUUGUCUCAAGGAAACAGUAAAGUUUUAUUUUCAGUGAA